AUGUCGUCGAAGAAAGCGAAGACGAGAAACGAGGCAAGUAGCAGCCGUGGUGUCGUCGGCGGAGAGAGUAUAGUCGCCGAUUGUGGACGCAAUAUUAGCACUUGCGGUUACUGUAAAUCCCCUACCAGCUCCAGUAUCUCUCACGGUUUAUGGACAGAGAGUCUCACCGUUAAUGACUACCAAGCUCUUCUUGACCGUGGAUGGAGACGAUCUGGUUGCUUCCUUUACAAACCUGAGAUGGAUAAAACAUGUUGCCCUUCUUAUACUAUCCGCUUGAAAGCAAGUGCUUUUGUUCCUUCUAAAGAGCAGCAGCGAGUGCGUAGAAGACUAGAAAGGUUCUUGGAUGGAGAAUUAGAUUUGAAGCCAAUGGAACGGACAGAAGAUCAAGACGUUUCUUUCUCCGGUCAAGUUUCAGAGUCGGUGAGAAAAACACUUCGAGAACAAAAGAAUGAAGUGGAACCAGUCAUGAAAUAUCUGUCUGAACAAAUUGAUAAUGCUGUACAAAGAUGCAUACAAAAUGGGGAGUUUCCUUCUAAUAUUCAGAUUCCCAAAGCUUCAGUAAAGAAAGUUGUCUCUGCUAAAAGGAAGAAGCUAGCUGAAGGGUCAGAAGAACUCUUAUACACCAGCAACAUUGCUUUUCCAAUAGCAGCUGCUGUAAAACACACACAGACAUCUCAUAAAGGUGAGAGAAACAACAACGUAGAAGAAAGCAGAGUAUCACCAGAGACUGUUUCCGAGAAGCUGUUAACUGCAGUGAAUAAGGCUGGAGAAUCUACUGGUUUUUCUGUUAAGGUCUGCAAAGGCCAUAUCAACUUCUUUUCAGCUACCCAAGUUACUUCCUCGGAUAGAGAUGAAGGUGAAAGCUUCUCUGCUACAACAACAAAGUCUUCCUCGAACAAUCUUCAUUUAAGAAAGCGGAAGCUGGAGAUGCACUUGAAAAGGUCGAGUUUUGAUUCAGAGGAAUAUGAAUUAUACAGACGGUAUCAACUGAGAGUGCACGACGAUAAGCCGGAGAGCAUCUCCGAAACUUCAUACAAAAGGUUUUUGGUUGACACUCCGUUGAUUGAAGUGCUCUCUUCACGUGAUGGUGAUGAUGGAAAGGUUCCUCCUUGUGGCUUUGGUUCUUUCCAUCAACAGUACAGAGUCGAUGACCGUCUAAUAGCUGUCGGGGUGAUAGACAUUCUUCCUAAAUGCUUGUCUAGUAAAUACCUAUUUUGGGAUCCGGAUUACGCGUCCUUGUCUCUUGGAAACUACUCAGCCUUGCAAGAAAUCGAUUGGGUGAAACAAAACCAAGCUCAUUGCUCCACUCUGGAGUAUUACUAUCUUGGCUAUUACAUACAUUCCUGCAACAAGAUGAGAUAUAAAGCAGCCUAUCGUCCUUCAGAGCUUCUAUGUCCUCUCCGUUACCAAUGGGUUCCAUUCGAAGUAGCCAAGCCUCUGCUUGAUAAAAAGCCAUAUUCUGUCUUGUCAAAUAUCACUAAAGCUUCUCUAUCAUCAUCAUCAUCAUCAUCAUUACGUCAAGCUUCUGAACAUGAAGACAUGAAACAAGGGGAUGCAAAUGGUGAUGAAGAAAUGUGUAAUUCUGAUGAAGACUCAGACUCAGACUCUAGUAGAAACUGCAGUGACAUUACCAAUAUCACUAUCAGUCUUGAUGGACGUCGACUUCGAUACAAGGAUUUACCACGGAUCAACAAUCCGGCAGUUCGGAAACAACUGGAGUCGAUGUUGGUUAAUUACCGGAAAGUGGUCGGAGCUGAGCUGUCAGAGAGAAUGGUAUAUGAACUCCGGUAA